GGAUUUGGGAGUGACGCGGAUAUGAAAGCUAGUUUAUCCCUCUUUCCUUCGCUAUGAAACAUAUUUAGAAAAACUCGACAAACGGCUCAUAGCCCAAGUUAAUUAGCGAAUUAAGAUGCUGGCAUAUGUUAUUCGUUAAAGAAAUCCAAAACAGAGUGCGAAGUGGUUUCGACUGAUUUAUCACGUCGGGAUUAUUGUAGGUUGCAGGGCCGUCCUCCUCCUCCGAGCUGCUACUGGGAUAACUUUGGAGAAGUUCUUUGUAUUCGGGGGAGUCACACAGCUUGGCCAACAGGCUGAACAUGGACUGGGGCACAGACCUUUGGGAUCAAUAUGACAUCAUUGAGAAGCACUCACAGUCUGGCCUGGAGCUGGUGGAGAAGUAUGUGAAAUUUGUGAAAGAGAGGACGGAGGUUGAGCAAAACUAUGCCAAACAACUAAGGAACCUUUCGAAGAAAUACAACCUAAAACGAAGCAGCAAAGAUGAACCAGAGUGCAGGUUGUCAAGCUAUCAGUCCUUUUUGGAAAUCCUGAACGAGAUGAACGACUACGCAGGGCAGCGAGAGCUCAUCGCCGAGAACAUGAUGAUGAACAUUUGCAUCGAUCUCACCAAGUACCUGCAGGACAUCAAGCAGGAGAGGAAGACGUAUCUGAUGGAGGCCAAGAAGGCCCAGCAGAGUCUGGAGAGCACCUACAAGCAGCUUGACAGUAGUAAAAAGCGCUUUGAGAGGGAAUGGAGAGAAGCGGAUCGAGCAGCACUGUACGCAGAGAAGACUGAUCAAGACAUCAACGCCACAAAGGCAGACGUUGAAAAAGCCAAACAGCAAGCUCAUAUGAGAGCACACAUAGCGGAGGAUUGUAAGAACGACUACGCUGCUCAGCUUCAGAAGUUCAACAAGGAGCAGAACCAGUUCUAUUUUAAUGAUAUGCCACUCAUUUUUAAUAAGUUGCAGGAUCUGGAUGAGAGGCGAGUACGGAAGUUGGCACAAGGCUACGUCUUGUUUUCAGACACAGAGAAGCAUGUGAUGCCAAUCAUUGGCAAGUGCCUGGAAGGCAUUACUAAAGCAGGCACUAACGUUAAUGAGAGGAAUGACUCCAUGGUUGUAAUAGAGCAGAACAAGUCCGGAUUUGAACGUCCUGGGGAUUUAGAGUUUGAAGACUACAGUCAAGGCAUCAACAGAGCCUCAUCCGACAGCAGCUUGGGUACACCCAAAGGCCCCAUGGAGCUUCUGUCAAAGAAUAAGAGCAAAAACUUCUGGCUCUUUAGCAAAAGGAGUAAGCUCUCUCCCUCUUUGCUCCCACCUUUCACCACACCCCCUGCCCCCUCGCUCGCUAACGGACCCCCUUCCCCCAAGUUCGGCCGGGACCCUCUGUCGUACUGUUUGAAGGAGAUCAAUAAGACAGUCAAACCCAGAAUCUCUUCCUUCCGGACGCUCAGGAGAUCGAAGUUUACUCCAGAGAGAAUCAUGCCCACAGUGACAGAGGACUUCACCCAUCUUCCUCCAGAACAGCGCCGGAAGAGGUUACAACAGAGACGGGAGGAAAUCAGCAAAGAACUGCAAAAGGAAGUAGAUCAGAGCGAGGCCCUGGGGAAGAUGAAAGAUGUGUAUGAGAAAAAUCCUCAGAUGGGAGACCCAGCGAGUCUGGCAUCCCAGAUCAACCAGACAUCCCAAAAUAUAGAGCGGCUCAGAGGAGAGCUCAACAAGUACGAGACAUGGCUGGCAGAGGCAGGAGGUCGAGGGGAAACACUACGAUAUAAAACUCACACAUUCAACAACAACAAUGGAGCUCACGAUGUGCACAGCCCUGAUGGAGCACAGUCCGAUGAAAGCACUCCUGAUCCCUCUCAGGCCAUCUACGCCGAGUUCGAUGAUGACUUUGAGGACGAGGAACUAACUGCUCCUAUUGGGAAAUGCACAGCCAUGUACAACUUCCCCGGUGCCAGUGAAGGGACCAUCUGUAUGCAGGAGGGGGAGGUACUGUCCGUUGUGGAGGAGGACAAAGGGGAUGGCUGGACCCGGGUCAGAAGGAACAAUGGGGAUGAAGGCUACAUACCUACAUCUUAUGUCACCAUCAACCUUACUGAAUGACACGCAUGUGAGAAGCAAGAAGAGAAGAAAUGAUCACCUCGUCUAACUGGAUGCACUUCUUCCAAUGGGACCAAUCAUAAGAGAGAGGCCACAGCACUAUGGGCUGGGACCACUAGUGUAUCCAGAAGGGGACCCAAAUAAGGUGCUUCAGUUUUUUGAGAGCAGCACCCCCAGGUGGGCGGUGGAAUGGUGCUCACAGUGUGUUCCUUAUGUCUGACAUUACAUAAUUGUUAACCUAGAUACAUGAGCCACCUUAAAGCACAAAGUUAUUUUACUUUUUAACCCAUUGUCUCAAUAUCUUUUGGUUUUUGGUUAAAAGUGUUGCAUGGACUUUAGGCACCAUCACUGUACGAGUGCUUGCUCCACAGCCUAAUAAGGCAUUACUUCCUGGAGAUGAGACAAAGAAGUGGAGGUUCAGGAGAAGGAAGGAGGAAGAUGAGUGCUGCUUACAUCUUUACACUGAGUGUUCAUAUCACCUCUGUGGAAGUUACCUCUCCUCAGCUAAACAAACCUGACCUGCUCUGACCUACAACAUGACUGAACCUUCAAUUAAUGACCUGCAGUUCUCAUUUGUCCCAAGCAUGCCACUUUCUGGUUUUACUGGCACUUGGGAAUAUUUACUAAACCCUCACGUUGCCCAUUGUUGGACUUAAAAUCUUGAGUGUCCCCUGGGAUGAGUGAAGUUUAGGUGGAGACGUCUCUUCAUGCACACAGCAGUACAAACACUCCAGUGUUCAGACAAUCACAGAGGAAGUUCAGUUCAUGUUUUCAACUGCAGCAGUAACAAGGAUUUAACCGUAGUUUUCUCAUUGUAACAACCUGAAUAUUGGACUAAGAAUAAUUUAUUACAAAUGUGUAUGUUUUAUAAAUAAAAGUUUUGAGUUUGAGAGAAGUUGUACUUUA